AUGGCCGACAACAAGCCCCAGGCUCCUCUCGCUGCGGAGACGCAGCCUGCUGCCGAAACGGCCCCAUCUACGACUGCCGAGGCACCUGCUGCGCCAGCUCCAGUUCCUGCGGCGGACGAGAAGCCCGUCCCUGUCUCCACCGGGACUUCUGCCCCUGCUGCUGAGCCGACGCCCGCACCCGAGGCUGCUGCUGCUGCCUGUGCUGUUCCUGCUGCUGCGGCUCCCAAGGUCGAGGAGCCCACGUCAGCGUCUGCUCCUGCGGCCGAGGCCAAGAAGGACGAGGCAGCCGGGUCGGCUCCCGCUGAAGUUGCUGCCCCUAAAGCUUCUCCUAUCCAGCAGCUGUGGGCGGCUGCCAAAGCCCACUCGCACUCCGAGAUCUGGGGCGUCACCCUUGCCGAUCCCGAGAGCCAUGUCCCCUCGCAGAUUGUCUUCCAAAAGUACCUGAACGCCAACGAUGGUGACGUCCCCGAGGCUGUUGACCAGCUCACCAAGACCUUGACGUGGCGAGCGCAGGCAAAGCCCCUCGAGCUCGUCACCAAGGCCUUCUCCAAGGACAAGUUUGCUGGCCUUGGCUAUGUCACCUCGUACGGUGAUGCCGCCGACCAGCAGAAGCGUGAGGUGUUCACGUGGAACAUCUACGGUGCUGCCGCCAAGCGCAUGUCCGAGACGUUUGGCAACCUCGAUGAGUUCAUCGAGUGGCGCGUCGCCCUGCAGGAGCUCGGCAUCCAGACGCUCAACAUUGGUGCCGCCACCAAACCCAUCACCGCGACUGAAGAUCCCUACAAGAUCUAUCAGGUCCACGACUACCAGUCCAUCUCCUUCCUCCGCCAGUCCGCCGAGGUCAAGGCGGCGAGCACCAAGACCAUCGCCGUGCUUGCCCAGAACUACCCCGAGCUGCUCAAGGAAAAGUUCUUCGUCAACGUGCCUGCCAUCAUGGGCUUCAUGUACGGCUUCAUGAAGCUCUUUGUCGCCACCAAGACGGCCAAGAAGUUCCACCCCAUGACCUACGGUUCCGGCCUCGCCAAGGAGUUCGCCGAUGCCAGCGUCGAGGGUCUCGGCGAGAAGCUGCCGCAGGCCUAUGGCGGCAAGGGCGGUGACCUGGCCACCGAGGGCAAGACCACCGAGCUUGCCUGA